AUGAAAAUGUGUGACUUGUUUGUGCUGUUUCCAAAUGACCUAGACCUUGUGACCCUCAGCAACAAAGUGUUGGUGUUCCACGUGGUGCGGGGGCCCUUCGUGGAGGAGUUCUACCAGUGCGUCACCUAUGGCCUCUACUCGCCGGCGUGGCUGGAGAAGCUCUACGCCGUGUUCAGCCUGGUGUGCAUGUUCGUGCUGCCGCUGCUCAUCCUCCUCCUCACCUACAUAUCCACCUUCAUCACCUUGCACAAGAGCGAGAAAGUGUUCAGGAGCGAGAGGACCACCUUGGGGAACACCUGUCCGGAGUUCAACAGGAGGAGGCUGCUGCGGAAGGCGAAGAUGCGCGCCCUCAGGAUCUCCGUGGUGAUCGUGCUGGCCUUCGUCAUCUGCUGGACGCCUUACUACAUGAUGAUGAUUAUCUUCCUCUUCACCACCGUCGAGGAGAACGUUGCGGCAGAGCUACAGUCCGGAAUAUUCUUCUUCGGGAUGUCUAACAGCCUCGUCAACCCAAUCAUCUACGGCGCCUUCCACCUGUGUCGCUGCCACAAGCGUCGCACCUCUUUCAACCUCAUCGUAAUCAACAGGACCGGCUCCAACCUGCAGUACCGGGCCAGCACGCGGGCCAGCUCGCGCUUCACCACCUACCGGAGCUCCGGGGCCGACCUCGACACGUCCGUGGUCAAUGUGUUCGAGGACGGGGUGAGUCUCGGUCUGCUGGGGGAGGUGUGUGUGUGUGUGUGUGUGUGUGUGUGGCUCGCGAACAACAACGUGCCUUCCUUUGUCAUCGAGCUUCACCUUCACAGCGGCGGCAACAUUAAUAUCCCCAUCGUCUCCAGGCAUGUUUUCUGCGGAGCGUUGGAGAAAUGCGUCGGAGGAUGA